CGACAGUCACAGCUUUUAAGGACAUUCCUUCCCCAACCUGCGAUGCCUAACCAACCGGAAGCGCGGAUUGAUUUCUCCAUGGCAAGCAAGAGCGCUAAAAAAAUCAAAGGUGCGCUUAUUAAAUCAUCAUCCAUCUGACUCGGAAAAAGGAUUUCACGAGUUUAAAUAUCUAAUUGACAGGCUGUCCGCUUAAACAGGGGAUUAUUCUUUCGGAUAUGGGAUCUACCUUCAGGGUCCCCACCUGCUGGGCACCGUAAUGGUGCUCCCUGUACCUGCUGAGCCCCUUGCUGCCCUCUGAAGGAGCAGGAUGACAAGAUGGCACAGCUGCUUGUACCGCCCGGACCUGACAGCUUCCGCCCCUUCGUCCCCGAGUCGCUGGCCACCAUCGAAAGGCGCAUCGCCGAGGAGGAGGCCCGGAGACCACGGGCGGAGCGCCGCAGCGACAGCGAUGAUGAAAAUGGGCCCAAGCCCAAUAGUGACCUGGAGGCGGGGAAAUCUCUCCCCUUCAUUUAUGGGGAUAUCCCUCCCCACCUGGUGUCCACUCCUUUGGAGGACUUGGACCCCUACUACAGCAGUCAGAAGACUUUCAUAGUAUUGAAUCGUGGGAAGGCAAUCUUCCGAUUCAACGCCACUCCUGCCUUGUACAUCUUAAACCCCUUCAACCCUCUAAGGAGGAUAGCUAUUAGAGUUUUAGUACACUCGAUGUUCAGCAUGUUGAUCAUGUUCACUAUCCUGACCAACUGUGCUUUCAUGACCCUCAGUAAUCCCCCAGAAUGGGCCAAGAAUGUAGAGUACACAUUCACAGGGAUUUACACCUUUGAGUCCCUCAUAAAGAUUCUGGCCAGGGGCUUCUGUGUGGGGAAGUUCACUUUCCUCAGGGACCCAUGGAACUGGCUGGAUUUCAGUGUUAUCCUCAUGGCAUAUGUCACAGAGUUUGUGGACCUGGGCAAUGUCUCAGCACUGCGAACCUUCAGGGUUCUACGAGCCCUGAAAACUAUAUCAGUUAUCCCAGGCUUGAAGACCAUCGUUGGUGCACUAAUCCAGUCUGUAAAAAAGCUGUCAGACGUCAUGAUCCUCACCGUGUUCUGCCUCAGUGUCUUCGCCCUCAUUGGCCUGCAGCUCUUCAUGGGCAACCUGAGGCAAAAGUGCGUGCGUCAGCCAAUCUACAACACCACCACCAAUAGCAGCAACAUCACUGUCGAUGAUAUGAUGUUUAACAACACAGAGUACACCGUCAACUGGACAGAGCACAUCAGUGAUGAAAAGAAUUACUACUACCUCCCUACCGGCGGGGAUGCUCUGCUCUGUGGGAAUGGCAGUGGCGCUGGGCUCUGUCCAGAGGGUUAUAUAUGCGUCAAAGCGGGUCGUAACCCAAACUAUGGCUACACCAGCUUCGACACCUUCAGCUGGGCCUUUCUCUCCCUGUUUCGGCUCAUGACCCAGGACUACUGGGAAAACCUCUACCAGCAGACACUGCGUGCGGCAGGGAAACCCUACAUGGUCUUCUUCGUGCUGGUGAUAUUCUUGGGCUCCUUCUACCUGGUUAACCUGAUCUUGGCUGUGGUGGCCAUGGCUUAUGAUGAGCAGAACCAGGCGACCAUUGAGGAGGCCCAGCAGAAGGAGGAGGAGUUCCAGGCCAUGCUGGAGCAGCUAAAGAGACAGCAGGAGGAGGCACAGGCAGGACAUGCAUCUUUUUCCACAGAGAGUGGAGAGUACAGUGGGAGAGGGGGCCCCACCUCAGAGUCCUCCUCCUCAGGGACAUCAAAGCUUAGCUCGAAAAGUGCCAAAGAGCGACGCAACAGGCGCAAGAAAAGGAAGCAGCGGGAAGAGGAGGAGGAGAGGGGGGUCCGCGACAAGUUCCGCAAGUCUGAGUCCGAGAACAGCAUCAAGAGGUCCAGCUUCCGCUUUUCUAUUGAUGCCAACAGACUCUCUUAUGAGAAGAGGUGUUCCUCACCAAACCAGUCUCUCCUCAGUAUUCGUGGAUCCCUCUUCUCACCUCGGAGGAACAGCCGUGCCAGCCUGUUCAGUUUUCGUGGCCGUGCGCGUGACAUGGGCUCUGAGAACGACUUUGCAGAUGAUGAGCACAGCACCUUCGAGGAGAGCGACAGUCGACGGGGCUCCCUGUUCUUGCCACGCCGCAUCGAGCGCCGCUGCAGUGCCGUCAGCCAGACCAGCCUUGGGGCGCCACGGAUCAUGCUGCCUGUCAACGGCAAGAUGCACUGCGCCGUAGACUGCAAUGGUGUGGUGUCGCUGGUUGGUGGAACUUCUGUAACAACCUCACCUGUAGGUCUGCUGCUGCCUGAGGGAACAACUACAGAUAGUGAGCUGAAGAAAUGUCGGUCAGGUUUUCACCAGCCAUCUAUGGAUUAUUUGGAUGAACCAGUGGGCAGGCAGAGAGCAAUGAGUGUGGCCAGCAUCCUCACCAACACCAUGGAAGAGCUUGAAGAGUCGAGACAGAAGUGCCCCCCCUGCUGGUAUAGAUUUGCCAACACCUGUCUGAUCUGGGAUUGUUGUCCAGUAUGGCUGAAAAUCAAGGAGGUUGUUAACAUGGUGGUCAUGGACCCAUUUGUGGACCUAGCCAUCACAAUUUGCAUCGUUCUCAAUACCCUCUUCAUGGCCAUGGAGCAUUACCCUAUGACUAAAGAUUUCAAUAAUGUUCUCACAGUCGGAAACCUGGUGUUCACUGGCAUCUUCACAGCAGAGAUGUGCUUCAAAAUCAUUGCCCUGGAUCCAUACUACUACUUCCAGCAGGGCUGGAACAUCUUUGACAGCAUCAUUGUCAGUCUCAGUCUGAUGGAGCUUGGUUUGGCCAACGUAGAGGGCCUGUCUGUGCUCAGGUCCUUUAGAUUGUUGAGGGUCUUCAAACUGGCCAAGUCAUGGCCCACUUUGAACAUGCUGAUCAAGAUCAUUGGUAACUCAGUGGGUGCUCUGGGGAACUUGACUCUGGUGCUGGCCAUCAUUGUCUUCAUCUUUGCCGUGGUGGGCAUGCAGUUGUUUGGCAAGAACUACAAGGAGUGUGUGUGCAAGAUUUCUGAUACCUGUGAGCUGCCCCGCUGGCACAUGCACGAUUUCUUCCACUCCUUCCUCAUCGUGUUCCGGGUGCUGUGCGGAGAGUGGAUCGAGACUAUGUGGGACUGCAUGGAGGUGUCAGGACAGACGAUGUGCCUGAUUGUCUUCAUGAUGGUCAUGGUCAUUGGAAACCUAGUGGUUCUGAACCUGUUCCUGGCUCUCCUCCUGAGCUCAUUUAGUGCUGACAACCUGGCAGCGACUGACGAUGACAGUGAGAUGAACAACCUUCAGAUUGCUGUAGUCCGGAUCCAGCGGGGCAUCGCGUUUGUCAAAGCCACAGUGCGGCAGUUCAUUCAGAGCCUCUGCUUCAGUGCAGGUGGUAAGGGCUCUGGUCUGGCUGAGGAGAGCAAACCCCUGGAUGAACUGCACAGCAAUGGCAAAGGCAACUGCAUCUCCAACCACACUUCAGUGGAGAUCACCAAAGACCCCAGUGGGGUGUACAUGACAGAGGGCAAUGGACGGCCUGGAGGAGGGUUAAUGGUUGGGGACACUGCAGGGAAAUAUCCCAUAGAGGAAUGUGACUACAUGUCAUUUAUUCAUAACCCCAGCCUGACUGUCACUGUGCCCAUCGCUGUGGGUGAGUCGGACUUUGAGAACCUGAACACCGAAGAUUUCAGCAGCGACUCGUCUGACAUAGAGGGCAGCAAAGAGAAGCUUGAUGCAGAGCCCCAGCCUCUGAGCUCAUCGGAAGGGAGCACAGUUGAUAUUCGCCCCCCAGGUGAUGGGGUUGAUUCAGUGGAGCUGGAACCAGAGGAGUCACUGGACCCAGAGGCCUGCUUCACAGAGGGUUGUGUUCAGAGGUUCCAGUGCUGCCAAAUUAACGAGGAAAGUGGCAAGUAUAAGAGCUGGUGGACACUCAGGAAAACCUGCUUUGUCAUAGUGGAGCACAACUGGUUUGAAUCCUUCAUCAUAUUCAUGAUCCUGCUCAGCAGUGGAGCGCUGGCAUUCGAGGACAUUUACAUCGAGCAGCGGAGGACCAUCAAAACAGUGCUGGAAUACGCAGACAAGGUCUUCACUUAUGUCUUCAUUCUGGAAAUGCUGUUGAAGUGGGUGGCAUAUGGCUUUGUCAAGUACUUCACCAACGCCUGGUGCUGGCUCGACUUCCUUAUUGUAGAUGUGUCCUUAAUCAGCCUGGUAGCCAAUGCUCUGGGCUAUGCAGAGCUCAGUGCCAUCAAAUCUCUGAGGACAUUGCGAGCCCUUCGGCCCCUGAGAGCCUUGUCUCGAUUUGAGGGCAUGAGGGUUGUGGUGAACGCUCUGCUGGGGGCCAUCCCCUCCAUCAUGAACGUGCUGUUGGUCUGUCUCAUCUUCUGGCUUAUCUUCAGCAUAAUGGGGGUCAACCUGUUUGCAGGGAAGUACUAUCACUGCGUCAACACCACUGGAGAGAACUUCCCCAUCAAUAUUGUCAACAACAAGAGUGAAUGCCUGAAAUUGGCCAAUGACACUGCCCACUGGAAGAACGUCAAAAUCAACUUUGACAAUGUCGGGGCUGGCUAUCUGGCUCUGUUACAAGUGGCAACAUUUAAAGGUUGGAUGGACAUCAUGUAUGCAGCUGUGGACUCUCGAAAUGUGGAAGACCAGCCUGAAUAUGAAGUGAAUUUGUACAUGUACCUGUACUUUGUCAUCUUCAUCAUCUUUGGCUCCUUCUUCACCCUAAACCUUUUUAUUGGUGUCAUCAUUGACAACUUCAACCAGCAGAAGAAAAAGUUUGGAGGUCAGGACAUCUUCAUGACAGAAGAACAGAAGAAAUACUACAAUGCUAUGAAGAAGCUAGGUUCCAAGAAACCACAAAAACCAAUACCUCGGCCAGCAAAUGCAUUUCAAGGCUGUGUGUUUGACUGCAUUACAAAACAGGCCUUUGACAUUGUGAUUAUGAUCCUCAUCUGCCUCAACAUGGUGACCAUGAUGGUGGAGACAGAUGACCAGACAAUAGAGAUGGGCAACAUUCUCUACUGGAUCAACAUGGUCUUUAUCAUACUCUUUACGGGGGAGUGUGUGCUCAAGCUGAUCUCUCUGCGUCACUAUUAUUUCACCAUUGGUUGGAAUAUAUUUGACUUUGUGGUGGUGAUCCUGUCCAUUGUAGGUAUGUUUUUAUCUGAACUUAUUGAAAAGUACUUUGUGUCACCCACGCUGUUCCGAGUGAUCCGUCUGGCCAGGAUAGGCCGCAUCCUUCGGCUUAUUAAAGGUGCCAAAGGCAUCCGGACGCUUCUCUUUGCCUUGAUGAUGUCACUGCCUGCCCUGUUCAACAUCGGCCUCCUCCUCUUUCUGGUCAUGUUCAUCUACGCCAUCUUUGGCAUGUCCAACUUUGCCUAUGUCAAGCGGGAGGCAGGAAUCGAUGACAUGUUUAAUUUUGAGACCUUUGGGAACAGUAUGAUCUGUUUGUUUCAGAUUACCACCUCAGCUGGGUGGGAUGGGCUGCUGGCGCCCAUACUGAACAAGAGGGAGCCUGACUGCAACAGCCAGAUGGAGCACCCGGGUAACUCCUACAAAGGCAACUGUGGUAACCCAUCAGUGGGCAUCUUCUUCUUUGUGAGCUACAUCAUCAUCUGCUUCCUCAUUGUGGUCAAUAUGUACAUUGCCGUUAUCCUUGAGAACUUCAGCGUGGCCACAGAGGAGAGCGCAGAACCGUUGAGUGAGGACGACUUUGAGAUGUUUUAUGAAGUGUGGGAGCGUUUUGAUCCAGAUGCCACUCAGUUUGUGGAAUACAGCAAGCUUUCUGACUUUGCAGAUGUUCUAGAUCCACCGCUGCGGAUUCCCAAACCUAAUAUGAUCUCGCUUAUCUCCAUGGACCUACCCAUGGUGAGUGGUGAGCGCAUCCAUUGCCUUGACAUCCUGUUCGCCUUCACCAAGCGAGUGCUGGGUGAAGGUGGCGAGAUGGACAUGUUACGUGGGCAGAUGGAGGAGCGCUUCAUGGCUUCUAACCCCUCUAAGGUAUCUUAUGAGCCCAUCACUACCACCCUCCGCCGCAAGCAGGAGGAGAUGUCGGCCAUAGUCAUCCAGAGAGCCUUCCGCCACUACAUGAUCCGUCAGGCCAUGAAGAAGGCCUCUGCCCUCUACAAGGAGCAGCUGAAAGACGGCAUCCGCGACCCUGACAAGGAUGUGAUGGUCAUCAGCAAGUUUAAUGAGAACUCCACCUCAGACAAAACAGACAUGACCCCCUCCACAGCCUCACCACCUUCCUACAACUGUGUCACAAAAUCGGACAAGGACAAAUACGAGAAAGAAAAUAGGGAAAAAGAAAACAAAGGGAAAGACUUGAAAGACCGAAAGAAAUAGAUUUUUUUUUUUUAAAAGGAACAAAAAAUAAAAAUGCAUCAGAGACAUGAGGGAAUUUUGUUUACAGCUUACAGAUAGAUGUUCACCUGUGUGUUGAUUGUUAUGAGUUGAGGAACACUGUGCCAGAUAGGCCUAGGGUUGGAGUGUGGCUAUGUCAUAAAUGAUUACAUGUGGUCUUCUCAGAGGGAAAAUAUGGAAACAAAUGAUCCAGCAGACACUGCCAGAGAUUGAGUGGAACAUGGACAAGCCUCUCUGCAAAACGCUUGUGAUUUUCCUAUUGGUUGUUGUUACUAUCUGACACACUUGAGUGUACUAUUAAUUUGUCUGUAGCUAGUGCUGCUGCUACUAUAAAUCCAGUGUCUUGAAUUUAAAAAUUGCUGUAUCACGAGUACUUUGCUUAGUUUUUUUUUGUCAUUUUUUUGGUUACAAGGUUUCUUUUUCUAUGAGAAAGAAUGUUUUCUACUUUUUUGUGUCAUUAUCGUGAGAAUGUGUUCACUGCUUUCACUGUUGUAAAAUUACCAAGGGCAGACAAAGUCAAUGCUGGAAACUACUAUAACCAUCUGAAACUCGUACAGUGCAGGGUCAGUGCCAGAAUGCUAUUGGUUCAUACAGUAUAUGAAAUCAACAAACAUACCACUGAAGUACAAUGGACAAAUACAUUGUAUUCACUGGUGUGGCAUCAGUGAUUGUUCAAAUCUGUAUUGUGCUUCUAUCUGGACUGUCAACUCCCCGUUUCACUAGAAAAUACAAGUCUGUAAAUACAGAGAAGCUGAAUGUAUGCAAGCUGAAGGAAUGAAACAUAUUUAAAGAAACUUUCACAUUUUGGGAAAUGUGCUUUAUUGCCAAGAUGCAGCUGAGAAGUUUGAUACCACCCUCAUGUCCAUUAUGCAGCCAGAGCAAGAAGACUGUUAGCUUAGCGUAAUGCUAAGGCUAGAAGCAUGGGCAAUACAGCUGGCCUGGACCACUCUAUACAGAAACCGAGAUGCACGUAAAAGUGACACAUUGUGUUUCUAUCAACUGAGAUACCCCAAAACUGGCACUGUGUAAAUAUAACAAUUUAUUUCCAUACAAUGUUUUAUAAUGUCCUCCUGACAAAGUGUCUAAAUCUUCCAUAAGACAUACUAUAGAGCCUAUUCAUAGCAACAUUACCUUACUGCUAAAGUAUUAGCUGUAGCUGUAGGUAUAUUAGUUUAUCUGCUUGAUAAGGUCAUUCAGUCCAGUUUAUGGCGAUGUUAGCUUAAAGCAAAGGUAUCAUUGGUAGCUUUACGCACAUUAGCUUACCACUACAAAUUAAAAAUGUGCCUAACACAGAUUUGUGGUGUUACUCUGCUGUAAGUCCUUACUGGUGCGUGGAUUUCUAGUUCUGUGGAACGAGUUAUUUCUGUGGAUUAAACAAAUUAAAAGUGGGUUUAAAAUUGUUGGUUCUGAGCUUUGUAGUGAACCAGGCUAGAUGUUUUCCAUGUCGAGCUAAGCUAGGGGACUCCAGGCUGGGGUUCCACAGUUAGCCAAUGUAAAGAUAAGAGGGUGGUAUCAAUCUCUUCACUUAACUUGCAGCGUCUUUUCCAAAAUAUCCAAUUUUUUUUCUUAAGGUGACACUCAUCUACUUGUCCAUCCGCUGUCGAAUUGCAGUGUCUCCUUUAAUGCAUUUGUUGUCCUCCCCUUUAUCCUCCCUCACCUCCUCCUCACAUCUCUUGUAAAGAAAAUAUCUUAAGAAAUACACAAAAAAGAAAAUGUCAGUCUUUCUAACUGCUCUUAAACUAGAACAUGACAAUAUAUCACAUUUAAAGGUUAUAAUAUCACAUUCAUGUUGUUCUUGGUUUUAAUUGAGAAGCGAGUGGUUUAAUGUAGUGGUUUGGUUUGUAAAUAAUAUAGCUAUUUGGACCCACAGUAUGCAUCUCACUUACAUUUGAUGUAAGAGCACUUUUUAUCCCCACUGCUAUGUAAUACCACAUGUGGCUGUCAUACAUGCAAGUGUGUGUGAGGGACAAAAUUCAAGUGUGUCUGUGUUUGUCUAUGUGUAUAUUUGUAAGAAAGGGGGAGUGCAAGAAUGUAAGCGUCUGUCUCUAUGUGAGCAAGCGCUUGUUUGUGUGCAACUGGGGUCUGCAGGUUGCUGAUGUUCCACUGAUUAUAAAUAACAUUUUUACUCUAGAUAUGAGUGCAUUUUUCCAGUCUUCGGAUUUGAUUUACAUUUUUUCUAGAACACUUUUUUUUCCCCCUUUCUGCACUGUAACACAUGAUGAAACACAUGUAUGGUCCCCAUAUCUGUAGAUACAAACCAUGAAGCAAUCAGUAGCCAUCUCUCAUUGCGCUUGUAGUGUUUUAGUGAACUGCAUGCAAGAAGUGACUACUGUCCGCUCAUAUGGUAAUAUAAUUUUAAAGCCAAAAGAAUAAACGACAUAUUAUUUGUAAAUGCUUAUUUUCUCCAUUUUAUUUUAUGACCUUUCUUUGUUUGAUGGUUCAAAAAGGUCUUUUCUGUGAGUGACAUCUGACAUCAUCCUAAAGUAUGAUUGCUUUACAUGGCAGCAACUUUGAACAGGAUCAUUCAUGUGGUUCAAGUAUAUGUUACACUUAACUAUGUAUCAGUUUGCAAAAUGUGACAAGUGAGUUUUCUUUUUUCUUUUUCUUUUUUUUUUUUUUUGUUCUAACCAAAGAUGUGGCAACAAAACACAAAAUCUAGAUUUCCAAAAUAAAACCUAUUUUGGGAAGCAUAUAUUGCAUGCAGGAUGCAUUCAUUCUGAGGCGAGUGCUCAUGGUGCUGGAGACACAAUGGAAAGAGGUUUUAUAUUCAUAGUAAUGUUAGAGAUGUAUUUUAUGAUUCCAGCUUUUACAUUCAGCUUCUAACUAUUCAUUAUCUGUUUAUGCACCAUUUACAGAUGCUUCACAAGAUACAUAGUUGACAAAUUCAUGAAUAAACACAAUAAAGAAUUAGUGUGUUGUAAACUGUUUAGUAAUUGUGUAUAUACAGCCUUUAAAUCC